GUUGCUUUUUGGAUCUAGAUCUAUGUUUUACUUCCGGAGUUGCUGAGUUUCUAAAUUUUUAUUUCCCCGGACUUUUAACACUAGUGGCAGCCUAGGCAGGCAGUUUUUAGCUUUGAUUUAUGUUUAGUGAGAAAAAAACAACAGCUUUAAUCAAAAUUCAUAUUAUUCAUAAUUAACAAAAAUCGACUUAACAUGGCAGCUUUGACUGUUAAAGAGCUUGCAUCGCUACUAAGUGUCUUAUCUGAAGAUGCUACUCAAGCUCAAACCUUUGAAAGCUUGGCCAGUACUUUUCAUCAUUAUUUUACCAAUAAACAAGAUUAUUUUAAAGUGGGUCAAGCAUUGGUGCUACUUUUACAACACAGAGAUCUACUGCCUCACCAAACACAGAAACUGGCUGCUGUCUUUAUCCUGUAUGAAAUGUAUAAAACUGAUCCAGUUGCUGCAAAUCCAUUUGCAGCAGUUUUUCUUAAUCUCUUGCAAGAAUCAACAGAGAAAAAAGAUGCCAACCCUUAUGAUCUUCAGUCAUCCAUACCACCAGUCUCAGCAGCUGAAAGAUAUUUUCUUUCUAAUCUGAUCUCAAGCACAUCAAAAGAGUUGUUGAAAAAAACACCAGCUCAAAUCAUUCAGAUGGAUGUGACAGGUAAAGUUCCAAUGGAUAUCAGUCAAACUCAACUCUUUAUUGUCCAAAGACAGUCAGAAAUGCCACACACCAGCAAAACAGCCAUGAGCUGUGUGCUAGCUGAUCCUGAAACCAAACCUACCAGUUUUGAACAGUUUGGUAAACCUAAUCUGAUCAAUCCAGACAUUCAGAGGGAUGUAGCAGAGACUUUAUUAACUGGUCCCAAAUGUGCUGUAGACAACACACUAAGGCCAGAGUUCAUCAGAUUGGCUCCACCAUUACACAUUGCUGAAGAUGAGAUGGCAUGGAUGCUGCCGACUGACACAGAGUUCAAUGUGGCCUGGGACACGACAAUGUGUGUCAAUACUUCUACUGGGGUUGAGGUACGUCGCUUAAUGGCCAAAGCUUUCAAAGGUCCUCUCUCUCCUCCACAACAGCAACAGAUCAAAAAGGAGCUUGACAAAGACAGUAAACUUGUGUACAACAUUGGCCUAUCACCUGCUAAACUACCAGAUUUAGUAGAAAACAAUCCUUUAGUUGCUAUAGAAGUGCUGCUCAAGUUAAUGAAUUCAACACAAAUUACAGACUAUUUCCAAGUGCUAGUGAACAUGGAGAUGUCUUUACAUUCAAUGGAAGUUGUCAACAGGCUGACUACACAAGUUGAACUUCCAUCAGAGUUUAUCCAUCUCUACAUCUCUAAUUGUAUUACGACAUGUGAGACUAUCAAGGACAGGUAUUUCCAAAACAGACUUGUUCGUCUCACCUGUGUAUUUCUUCAGUCUCUCAUACGUAACAGAACUAUAGAUGUGAAGGAUAUAUUCAUAGAAGUUCAAGCUUUUUGUAUAGAAUUCAGCCGAAUCCGUGAAGCAGCAGCAUUAUUUCGUUUACUGAAGUCUCUAGACAAUGAAAAAGAGCCUAACAGUACUGGGAGAUGAAGUUUUAAUUGUGUGAACAUUUUAAUGAUUAAAUAUUUGUACAAAGAAAA